AUGCCGUUUCCGCCAAGUGCGGCGCCGAUGAAAAUCCCCAAGAGAUUUCGCAUGCCCGAUAUCUCGAAGUACAAUGGGACAACAGACCCAAAUGAGCAUGUGACUGCGUAUACGUGCGCUAUCAAGGGCAACGACCUCGCCGAUGACGAAAGGGAAUCAGUGCUACUUAAGAAAUUCGGGAAAACUUUGUCGAAGGGAGCUAUGAUUUGGUAUCAUAACUUGCUUGAGCACUCGAUUGAUUCAUUUGCCAUGCUCGCUGAUGCUUUCGUUAAGGCCCAUGCCGGGGCUAUCAAGGUCGAAACCCGAAAGUCAAAUUUAUUCAACGUCAAGCAACGAGAUGACGAGACCCUCCGCGAGUUUGCGGCUCGAUUUCAAAUGGAGCGCAUGGACUUACCUCCAAUUACUGACGAUUGGGCCGUUCAGGCUUUCACCCAGGGGCUCAACUCGAGGAGCUCGAUCACAUCUAUGGAACUAAAACAAAACUUGAUAGAAUACCCGACAAUCGCCUGGGCUGAUGUGCCUAACAGAUAUCAGUCGAAAAUUAGGGUCGAAGACGAUAAGAUUCUGAGGGCCGCUUCAGUGUCGUGGCAUUCCGGUAAAGGAGGUGAUCGUACAAGGAGAGUGAUGGAUCGAGAUUCCGCAUCGUCAAUGACGACGAUACCAGCCGUACCCGCUCGAUCGAAGGGGGAAUGGGUGUAA